AUGGCGGCAAUGCUCGAGUUCCGGACGCAGGGUUAUAAUCCCUAUGCGGUCAAGUACUCGCCUUACUACGAUAAUAAAAUCGCAGUCGCGACAUUUGACACGAACGAUGCGCAAUACGAUAUCGCAUGGUCAGAAAUCAACGAGAGACAGCUAGUGGCGGCGUGCGGCGAUGGCUCCAUCAAGCUCUUCGAUAUUGGGCUGCGAAUAUUCGACCUCCGUACGCCUGUGACGGCCAAGUACCACUUGACCGCUGCCGUCCCGGUUCAUGCGCCACCCCAAGGCUUGCCCGGCCAUGUACCUGCAGUCGGGCCUGGCGAGGUGCUGACACACGACUGGAACAAGUACAACCACUCGCUGAUCGCGACGGGAGGGGUUGACAAACUCGUGCGGACCUUUGACAUCCGGAACCCUACCGGAGGACCCGUCUCUUUAAUGGAGGGACACGGUUAUGCCGUGAGGCGAGUGGCGUGGAGUCCCCAUGAAAGCGAUGUGCUGAUAUCGGCAAGCUACGAUAUGACGGUGCGGGUAUGGACGGACGGAUCCAAGUAUCCGAGGGACCCCAGCAGCCCGGUGUUGAGAGGAAAGCAGAUUGGCCUCAUGAACCGGCACACCGAGUUUGCGACGGGAGUGGAUUGGUGUCUGUUCGGAGAAGGAUGGGUGGCAUCCGUUGGCUGGGACGAGAGGGUGAUGCUUUGGGAUGCCAAACCCUUUUUCAACAACAGGUAA